UCGAACGCGUGCUUCACUAUCUACCAACCACGCUUUUAUCAAUUCGUUCUCAGAAUGGAGAAAGAGGGCCUCAAAGUAUUCCUUAUUCUCUUGGUGCUUUGCAUUGCCGCUGAAACAGUUCUUGGAGAACUAACGAACUUCCUCGGGUCGGAUUUCGAAAGACCACUCGUCAGGCGUUGGGGCGGAAAAAAACAAAUAACGGAGGAUGAGUUGCAAGUCAUCAGAGAUGAAAUCUUAAAAAUAGCAGACCCGGACACAGACCCAUGUUGCAAAUUAGACGGUGAAUACAUUAAGGGUGACAAAAAAUUCGCCACCGUCCCGAAUACGCAGUGCAAGUACGCGUUCAAGAAACUGUUGAUGUAUUUCAAUGCCACGGUUCCCGAUUCCUGUCGGGCGACUAGAUCACCGAAAUGUACAAUGAAUACGACAACCAACAAAACACAGUGCAUGGCCGAUCAGCACAAAAAAAGCAGUUUCGCCAAUUUUAUGAAAACUGCAACAGGUCAAACGACCCUGCAAUUUUGUACCACGCGUUUAACUGCACCAGCACAGUAAGAGAUUUGACCGAGUUAGACAAAAGAGGUUUUAAGACGAGGGGAAAGUAAUUCAACAGAAGGGAACCAACUCAAGCAGUGAUUUCAAAUUGCUUUGCCUCAAAAAAUAUGGAUUAAAUGCACAAUAGAGAA